CUCUCUCUCUCUCUCGUUAGAAAAGGAAGGAAGAGGAAAGUGUUGGAGGAGAUAAAAAUGCCGUCUUUUCGCCGGUCGAAAAGCCGCCGCGCUUUCCUCGUCGUAUGAUAUCGAACGUCGUCGUAGCUUCGAAGCCGCACGAGAGAGUAACAAAAAGGGAACGAGAAGGUGGUGGAGGCAGCAGUGGAGGCAGAGGAGAAGGUAGAAGAGGUGGUGGAGGAGGAGAGUCCCCUUUGAGUCGCCGUGUGCAUGCAGGAAAAUACAGCUGUAAGAACUAUAAGCACGUAACAAUGGAACACGCAGAUUUAGUAGCAGAUAUGGUUCGUGUAGAAAGGCUCACUACGCAAGAACGACUACAUCUUGCACGGCAUCGUAGACUUCAGCAAUUAAAAGUGUGGCGUCAGCGUGAAAAAGAAUGGCUACGACAUCAAACCAGGCAUACAAGCAACAAGCGUCAUAUAUACUUCAAUGAUAGUGUCAUGUUACUAGAAGCUGCUGCAAGAAAUGAUAUAGAUGAAGGUAACAAUAACAUUAGGAGACUGUUGAAAAAAGGAGUGAAUCCUGAUUCAACAAACGAAGAUGGAUUAACUGCAUUGCAUCAAUGCUGUAUAGAUGACAAUGAAGAGAUGAUGAAGUUACUCGUUGAAUUUGGUGCUAAUGUAAAUGCUGAAGAUAGUGAAAAAUGGACCCCGUUACAUGCUGCUGCUACCUGUGGUCAUUUACAUCUUGUAAGAUAUCUGAUAGCUAGAGGUGCAAACUUAUUGGCUGUUAACGCUGAUGGAAAUAUGCCUUAUGAUAUUUGUGAGGAUGAAAAAACAUUAGAUUGCAUUGAAGGGGAAAUGGCAAGACGAGGCGUUACACAGGAAUUAAUAGAUGAAACUAGAGCAUCCACGGAAGUUCAAAUGUUGAGAGAUUUACAAAAAAUUGUUACCAUGGGUGGAGAUCUCGAGUAUAAGGAUCAUCAAGGUGCUACACCUCUUCAUAUAGCAUCAGCAAAUGGUUAUUUAAGGGUAGUCGAAUAUCUUCUCGAUCAACACAUUUCUACGGAUAUAGAAGAUAAUGAUAAAUGGCAACCUGUUCAUGCAGCAGCAUGUUGGGGUCAUUUAGAGGUUCUAGAGCUAUUGGUACAGAAUGGGGCGGAUUUAAAUGCAAGAAAUAAACAUGACGAAACUCCUGCUGAUAUUUGUGAAGACCCUGAAAUUAGAGAACGCAUAGUUGAACUUAAAACGGAACAAGAAAGUAAACGAUUACGAGAAGCACAAGGUCGGCGAGUACGAAGAUCACAAAGUAUAAAUACCCGGACUCAAAGUGUACGACGGACAUCGAUCAGAGACAAAGUUCUCACAACAAAAAAAGAUGCUCAAGAGGAAGCAAGACUGAGGUUACAGGCACAACAGACAUACGUUAGUAUUCCAACUCCUAAUCUUCCACAAACAGAAAACAGCACAAAUACACAAGAUGUGGUAAACAAUGAAACUGAUUCAAGUACACUGACUCCUGCUGUGCGCAAAGGACCCGAAGGAAAGGAUAAUGAUUCUUUUAUGCAUGAAGAUGUUGAUAAAGAUUCAGUUUUCUAUGUCACUUUCCUAUUUCUUUAAUCACAUUUUUGAGCAAAGUGUAUUGAUUGAUUUUUUAAAAUCUUGUAUAUACAUUGCAAUCAUGCAUAUAUCUGAUUUAUAUUUAUACAACAUAUAUAGUACAUUUAUCUACCAAUAUGCUCUUUUGUUCUGUAGAAAUUCUUAUACUGAAUCAUUUCACUGGGAUAAUACAUUUGCUUGGCUUAACAGAACUUUAGUAAUGAUGAAUACUUAUCUAGCAAUUAAAUAAUUACGAUUUUUUGUUAAAUAUGAAAUUUUUUCCAUGUGUUUGGAGAUAUUUUAAAACUCGGGAAUAAUAGAAAUUUUCUAAGGAAAUUUUAUAAUAAUGAUUAAAAGUGCAAUAAGAAAAAAUAAUUCAUUAUUUAGCAGACAUCUAUAUAAAAUAUACUCGCUACGAAUUCAUGGAUAUUUAGAAGAUUAUUAUUGUUUGGUAUAUUAAUAAUUUUACAUAAAAUACCAAAUAUUUAAUGGCCUAUAGUGUAGUACAGCAUGAUUAUAUUACAAUUUUAUGAGCUUUCAUAUAAUUUAUAUUUAACAUGAAGUUUUUAUAUAUUUUAUGUAUAUAAUUGGUGCUUAAUAAGCACCUUACUGUAUCUUAUCAUCUUCUGAGGUUAUUAAGGUGAAUAGAUGAAUAGUAUUGAAUAAAAUCAUAUUAGUCAAUAUAAUAAACAUAUCAGUUGUAGUUUGAAGAUACAAAAAAUAUUUGCAGGCCUUGCUGCAAACUGAUAUUAGAUUUUGUUAUACAUGAAUAAAAUAGUCUUAUAAAAAAUUAUUAUUGUAAUCGCUAUUUUAUCUCAAUACUACUCAGUCUACCAUGAGCAAGCAUAGCUAAAUUGUUCAAUUAUGAUAGCUUGUAAAAAUGCAGUACAGUUGCUUUAAUAAUAUUGAACUUUUAUAAUAAUGACAUCAUGUUAAAAGUAUGUCAUUAUUGUAAUUGCAUCAUUAUUAUAUGUAGAAACAUAGAACUGGAACAAAGAAUACUAAAAUCUAGUUCCUUUUUUGAAUCUAAUAUAUAAUUAUAUUCUAUAUAUUCAUAUACACAUUGAGUUAAAAAGACUUUGAUCUGCAAUAUGCUAUAUACUGUAUAUGCACACUGGUGACAUGGUACUUCUUUAUGCGGUGUUUAAUGCUUAUGCUCAAGCAUGUCAUGCUUAGUGCAUGAGUCUAGUUGAAACAUCAUUUCCAACCAUAAUCAGUGCAUAGCAUAUAAGGGGUUAGGUGAAGGGAUCGCAAAAUGGAUUUACAACGAAAAGAAGUUGAGCUUGAAGGAAAAUAGCACUGGAUUUACCUAUUUGCCUCAGCAGUGACAGAACCUGAUGUACCAGUUGGCAGCCAGCAACCUAUUUACUCGACAGAUGAUACCAAUGGAAAGAUCAACAUACACGUGUCUGUAGUUUUUGUCAAAUCUCUAUCAGAUUUGAAAAAGAAGAGGGCACAAAAUCGAC